AUGAUGACAUGCCGUCUGCUGUGCGCCCUGUUGGUGCUCGCCCUGUGCUGCUGCCCGUCCGUGUGCGCAGGGGAUACUGAUGGCGACGAAUCAGCCGGCUCGAUUUCGUUGUCCCCUCAGCCCGAAGAGGAAGUCGAUGCCGAUAUGAGUCAGGAUUUAGGUACGGACACUCAUGCGGGACUGGAAAAUGAGAGGACCGCUGAGAGAGGUUUACGAAAUGAGGAAUCUGCCUCCCCAAAGGGUCAAGAGGACAACGUUGAGUUACAGAUGCCAAAUACAACGACCACGACGACUACAACACGCGCACCAACUACUACGACCACCACCACUGCGCCAGCCACCACAACACAAGCACCAAGUACUACGAGUACGGAGACGCCAACCACGACGACGACCCGCGCACCGUCACGUCUUCGCGAAAUCGACGGCAGCCUCAGCAGCUCUGCGUGGGUGUGUGCCCCGCUGGUGCUCGCAGUAUGCGCGCUGGCGUACACCACUAUGGGCUGA